CCAAUCUGGCCGCAUAAACAUGAGGAUGCCGUCACUUUAGCAGAACUCUUCCCACUGGUCGCAGUCACAGUCGAGACUUGAAAAAAAGUCGUCUCUCUUAAAGUUGCGACAAAACUUUUAGAGACUUUAACUUUCGUCUCUCUCUUUUUGUAUUUAUUUAUUUAUUUUUUUCUUUUACUUGCGCACAGUCGGGACCUGUAUGGCCCCAUCGACCGCUAUGUCAGCACUGACUGCCGGUGUGAAAAGCGAAGACCUCUCCCCCCGAUCGGUGCUCGUCAAUAGAGGCGAAAUGCAGACCAGCCUGAGCCCCGCAGAGGAGAACGGGAAACCCAAAGUCGCGAUCCUGCCUUUCAGCGUGGAGGCGUUGAUGGCUGACAGGAAGCCCACCAGAGAGGUGCCAUCUCCGGACGGCGCGGCCGGGACGUCCCAGUCGCUGAGGAAGGGGACGCGGAUGGGCGCCUUCGCCGGUCUAGACGCUUCUGUUCCCGCUUUGCCGAUGAACUCUGCGUUUUCUGUCGGCGACAUUAUGAACAUGUCCGAUGAUGUGCUGAUUAAACCCGAGAGCCCGGAUAGUCAAGAGAGGACUUCGUGGAUCCAAAGUCCACGUUUCUCCCCGACACCCCCACGACGCUUGAGUCCUCCCGCCUGCCCGCUGCGCAAACACAAGACAAACAGAAAGCCUCGGACUCCGUUCACCACGUCCCAGCUGCUGGCCCUGGAGAGGAAGUUCCGCCAGAAGCAGUACCUCUCCAUCGCGGAGCGCGCAGAGUUCUCCAGCUCCCUCAACCUCACGGAGACCCAGGUGAAAAUCUGGUUCCAGAACAGAAGAGCCAAGGCCAAGCGCCUCCAGGAGGCAGAACUGGAAAAACUGAAAAUGGCAGCGAAGCCCAUGUUGCCCCCGGCCUUCGGGAUCUCCUUCCCCCUCGGCGCACACGUUCCGGCGUCCUACGCGGGGUCGCACCCGUUCCAGAGGCACUCGCUGCCGGUGUCUCCUGUGGGACUGUACGCCGCGCAUGUGGGAUACAGUAUGUACCACCUGGCUUGACAGGGGUGAGGGGUGAGACGGGGGACACACACAAAAGAAAGAGGGCACCAGCAGGACUACGUUUCACAGAGAGAUUGAGCCCCUUUUGGACCAAUGAUGCGACAAAUGAGAAAAGCAUCCAGGUGGGGAGGUCAGUGUCGCGUCUGGUCAGGGAAGGUGGAAGCAAGGCCUCCUAACGGACCCACUCUGACGACGCUGUGUUCCCUUCCGUUUCGACCUGGCUAGUAAAUUCCCACAGUGUGUGUCAUUUUAAUCUCAAGUCUGAGAUGUGUCAGACAAGAUUCUCUGAAGAUGGAUUUUUUUUUCUUUUCUUUUUUUUUUUUUUUGCAAAUAUGGAAGACGACUUGCAACCUUCAAACGUAUUUUGACCUUAAAGUCAAGUGUGGACAUUAAACAGGGCGUCCUUGACAGCCAGGUGAAAGGUGACAAACCUUUUUUUCCAGAGAUCAAGGCGCAGCUUGACAUAUUUUUUUUGUACCUACAAACUUUGACUGGGCUUAAAAAAGACAAGCUGAUGUCAAACUACACUAACAACUCCACAGCUUUGGAAUCGGCGUUUUUCUAUUUUGUUUUCAUGUUUUACUUUCAUAUAAAUGCGCAACCGCAGCGUCUUAUUUAGUCCGUAAAAUCUGGAGAAUCACAGCGUUUGUUUUUAUUUUUUUCUUAAUAACAGCACUGUCUGUUGUUUCAUUGGUUCCCUUAUUUUGGAAGGGGGAAGUGUACUGUAAAGUAAUGUAUAUUUGAAAAAAAUAUCCUCAUUUAUAUUCUGAAUAUAUUUGUGACAUAACUUAACAAUAAAUUGUUUAUUCUUUUUUCUCCA